AUGAAGACGUACCACGCGUACCAUUUGGAGAGCGUCAAUGCCGAGAGCAAGCUGAAGGAGGUGGAGCGGAUGGAAGAGAAGCAACUGGGAAAAUCAAUGGAGCAGGCAGCGGGACAGCUCGGAACAGAGACCAAAGCCCAGAGACGGAGCUCCCUCCGCAAGAUCGAGAAGAUGAAGGAGAAGAGGCAGGAACGCUACCUGGAGAACCAGCUGAAAUGCACCAAGGCGAGGAACGAAUAUCUGCUGAACCUGUCCAUGGCCAAUGCAGCUCUCAGUGGCUACUUCAUCCACGACGUCUCCACGCUCAUCGAU